UUGAUGGGAACAGGCGUACGUUGCUUCUCUUUUUCCUCUCCUAUUUGGGCAUUGGCCGUGGCAAUAUUCCUUCGGAAAAGCAAUUCCCUGGAAAUAAGCGACAACGCUAAUCUCUUUCCCCACAACUUCUAUGCUUACAAGAAACAUCAACAAUGGCUGUUAAAUUGUCAAUGCUAUUACCAGGAUAAGAUUGGUCGUUAACCACCAGAACGAGGACGAGCCUAACCCCCCCCCCCCCCAAAACAAUUCAAAAAAAAAAAAAAAAAAAAAAAUCUCUCGUCUACAAAAUCUCUUUCUGGCAGUCUCUCUCUCUCGAUCUUGGACUGGAUUGGAUUGGAAUAGAGAUUUCCGUUGCCAAGGUGGAACUGGUAGGUUGUUUAGGGUUUGAAUUGUUUUUGAUUGAUUCGGUGAUUUGUUGCGGGAUCGAAUGGCUGUUGCUGCGACUUGUAGGCGGUGGCGGCAAUCGGGAACGCAUUUGCGGAUAAGCGGAUUUAGUGGGUUUGGGGUUCCAACGUCAGUGUACGAUCCGUUUUCGGCUUCUUUGGCUUCGGUUAGGCAAUUGGAUUGCAGGCAUAUUUCUGAGCUUGCGAAAUCGAAUGGAAAGCGAUUGUUUCUCGUUGACACAUUAGCCCUAGUUAGGAGAUUAGAGGGACAAGGUGUGCCGUCUAAGCAGGCUGAGGCUAUAACAGCAGCCAUAACUGAAGUUUUGAACGACAGUUUAGAAAAUGUGUCUCACUCAUUUGUUUCAAAGGCAGAGAUGCAGAAGAUUGAAAUGAUUCAAGAAUCCAAUCUGUCCAAAUUCAAGUCCGAAGUCCAGAGCUCACAGGGACACCAUUUUUCUUUGUUACAACAUGAGACGGAAAAGCUUCGGAAUGACAUUGAGAAGAUGCGCAAUGAAUUGAGGUAUGAAAUCGAUAAAGUCACUGCUGGACAGCGGUUGGAUUUGAAUCUUGAAAGGGGGAGGAUUCGGGAUGAGCUAGCAAAUCAGAAUGCUGAAACCUCUAACCUUACGAAUAAACUUGAUCGGGAAAUUCAUGCUCUUAGGGCCCACUUGGAAGCAGCAAAAUAUGAUGUAAUAAAAUACUGCAUAGGUACUCUUGUUUCCAUCUCUGCAGUUGGACUUGCUGUAAUUCGUAUCUUGAUGUGAACUUCUUGUCUUGUAUUAAAAGUCAACUGUUGUUGCUCAAAAGAAGAAAACGUAGGUUAUUCUUUUGAAGCUACCUUUUGUUUUGGAAAAAAGGGUAGAAAAUAAACCUUGAAAAAUUGAACUAGUGUCAGUUGGGCUCAAGGAAGCAUUCCCUAUAUGGCUUUAUUAAUUCCAUUCGUUGUUGGAUUCUUUGUUUUUGCAAGGAAUUAUUUACUAAACUUGUUUAUGCAGGAACAAAAACUUUAUAAAUCUAAAUUACGAUUUUAGGAUUUCUUGCUGCA